AUGAUGGUGGCCGUGCGCAAUAUCUACAAGCAGCAGGUGAGGCUGGAGAAGGAUUCACGAGACCUCCAAGUGGUCUUGCUGGAUCUAAUUGAGGAAGCGCAGCGAAACGGAAACAUCAUCCGGCUGCUGUCAAAGGAGGACCUCGACAACCUGCUCGCGGAGAAGCACAAGAUGAUGUCGCAGCAUUCCUUCUCCAGCAUCAAGUCCCCAUUGAGCCAAGAAUCGACUGCCUCGGCCAGACCGUCAUUGUUCGGGAAGUUUCAUGCUACCCGAACCUCUGUACAGCUUCAGGAGCCUCAGGCGCAGGGCGGAGAUUCACUGCAUCUCGAAUCCUCUUGCCAGCAAGAGCCGGUAUCAGCCGCCGUGGAG